CCUUCGUAUACGCAGUCAUUCUCACACAGCAAAAGAAACCCUUGGCGUCUCCGAGCUCUCAAUCUCCGUUCCUCUCCGAUCAUCAAUGGCCGACAAAACCGACUUCCUUCAUUCUCAUCAUCACCCUCAGAUCUCCAGAGAUGGGCAUGGGUCUGACAGUUCUAUUCCGCUUUCACCACAGUGGCUUCUGCCGAAACCCGGGGAGAAUAAGACUGGAACUGCAUCUGGGGAGAUUCAUACGAGUCCUUUUCCAACUUUUGCCAAUCGCCCGGGUGUCGGGAAAUCACAUGGAAACAAUGACCAGGUCCAUGAUAUCCAGAAGAAGGAUGUGUUUCGCCCUUCCAUGCUUGAUAACCGUGAGCGCUGGCGUGAUGAGGAGAGAGAGACAAAUAUCUCUGUUCGCAAGGAUAGGUGGAGGGAGGGUGAUAAAGAGCUUGGGGACAACCGCAAGGUGGACACCUCCUCUGGAAGAUACUAUGGAGAAGUACGACGUGCACCAUCUGAGAGGUUGGCUGAUUCGGGAAAUAAGGAUGCAAAUCAUGAUCAGCGCCGUGAGAGCAAAUGGAACACACGUUGGGGACCUGAUGACAAGGAAACUGAUGGUCUGCGUGACAAGUGGACCGAUUCUGGAAAAGAUCAUGAUGUUCCUCUUGACAAAGGCUUCUCACAUCUGAAUCAUGGAAAGGAUGAGCGGGAUACUGAUCAUCCACGGCCAUGGAGAUCGAGUUCUGCUCUCAAUCGAGGUAAAGUUGAGAUUCCUUACCAAAGCCCAACCUCAAACAAGCUUUCUCCUAUGUCUGUUCAUGGUCGAGGACGUGGUGAAAAUCUUAAUCCGACUUUUUCCCUUGGUAGGGGAAGGGGUGUCUUUGAAGGGAACCCAAUGAAUAAUACCUCUAUUGAUUCACAUUCAUUAGCAUCUUUUUCUGAUAAGAUUGAUCGAUGUCAUGAGGAGCCCUCUUCUGUGAGAUACAGCAGGGCAAAGCUGAUUGAUGUGUACAGGAUGACUGAUAUGAGAUCCAGUGAAAGGAUGUUAGAUGGUGUCAUGCUAGUGCCUUCACUUACCCAGGAAGAACCAUUGGAGCCUCUUGCACUUAUCGCACCUACCCCUGAGGAACUGUUUAUAUUGAAGGGGAUUGACAAAGGGGACAUACUAAGUAGUGGUGCUCCCCAAAUUACUAAAGAUGGAUCUGUUGGGCGUAACAUGGUUGAUGUGCAGUCAAGAAGAACCAAAUUUGGGAGUAGAGAAGAUCUACCAGUUGCUGCCGACAAUUACAAAGACGAGGCCACUGAUGGGUUUAAAGAAGCAGAAUAUGGUGCUUCUUGUGCAAGGAAUAAUGAUGUGGGAAUUACUAGAGAAUCAAGAAUGCAUGGAACCUCUGUUCACCCCGGGGCAAGUUGGCGUUCUUUAUCAACUGGAGAGCGUCUACAAUCAAACUCACAUGACUUGAGGGAUCUCCCAGCUGACAUCAGGUCAAGAACUGACAUAAGCUGGUCGCAGCCUCAAAAGGAUACAACCAAUGAGUGGAGUGGCAGUUCUGCAAAUCCAUCUUACUCCAAAGAAGGGCCUAAAUGGCAGGUUAGCGAGGAUCCAGUUAUUAAAAGGCAACCAUCAGGAAUUUCAGACAGGGAACAAGAAACAAGGAUACAUUCUCAGCCAUCUCCUGAAGACCUGGUACUUUUUUAUAAAGACCCUCAGGGUGCAAUUCAAGGUCCUUUUACUGGCAGUGAUAUCAUUAGUUGGUUUGAGGCUGGAUACUUUGGGAUAGAUCUGUUAGUACGUCUUGCAAAUGCACCACAGGACUCGCCAUUUGGUUUACUUGGUGAUGUUAUGCCUCAUCUGCGUGCAAAGGCCAGACCACCACCUGGUUUCAGUGCAGCAAAACAAAGUGAAGUCAAUGAUGAAUCCAGUAAGCCAAACUUCACCAGCUUUAGUAAGCUUUACACUGGCUCAGGUGAGAAUACCAUGCUGAAAAAUGAACCAAGAUUUCAACAUGGUUCAAGUGCAGAGGCUGAGAAUAGGUUUAUCGAGUCACUGAUGUCUAGUAACAUGGGUGGUGGCCCACUGGAGAAGUUCGGUCUCUCUGAAGGCAUGCAGGGAUAUUUUGGAAACUCCAACACGGUUCCUCCCUUAGGAACAGAGAGUGGGGAUAACUUGUACCAAUUGGCCAAGAGGAUACAGCUUGAAAGGCAAAGAUCAUUGCCUAAUCCUUACUCUCUUUGGACGGGAAGGGAUGCGGCUUCUAUUGGCCCUAAGUCUGAUAUUCAUCAAGAUCCUGCUAUUCCACAAUCCAAUGUUCUGUCAGCUGUAGCUGAGAAUCUUCGUCAGCAACCGCAACCCCCAAAUGUCCCAAGUCCCGAGUUCAUGUCCAUUCUUCAGGGGUUAUCUGAUAGGCCUACCUUUGCUGUGAACAGUGGCGUAACGAGUUGGUCAAAUUUCUCAGUUCCUGGUGGUCUGGACCCACAUCAGGAUAAGCUGGACAUGGCUCAUGGCAAAAAUUUCCCUCUUCAAACAUCCUUUGGAGUCCACCAAAGGCUGCAACCACAGAAUCUGUCCACACUGACAAAUUUGCAUGCUCAAGGUUUUGAUAAUCCGUCUGGUCCAUUAAUCCCUGAAAAGUUGCUUGCUUCUGGCCUCUCUCAAGAACCUCAACUGUUAAGUUUGUUGCAACAGCAACACAUGUCACAAUUGAAACAUCAGGCCCCAAUACCUACGCAACAGCUGUCAAUAUUGGAUGAAUACUUGUUGCUUAAACAGCAACAGCAAAAGCAGGAGCUGCAGCAGCAGCAACAGUUAUUACGACAGCAACUGCUUUCCCAGGUGCUCACUGAGCAACAUUCUCAGCAGCAUUUGGGCAAGCAAUCUUAUGGACAACUGCAGACGUUGGGCUUACCAGUUGUGAGCUCUGCGUUGGAUCAUCUUGGGUUUCAGCCUGCACAUGAAAUGUUCCAGAUGGUAUCACAGAAUCAAGCUAUUAAUAUUCAGGAUACAAGGACUAUUGACUUCGUUAAUAUGCCUCCAGUUGUUUCGCAAGAUGGCAACCAUAUCAGUGAAUCUGAAGCCUCUAUACAUUUACCUCAUCAAUUGGUGGAGAAUAGAGCUCAUCAAAAAGGUUCGGAUGCUAUGGCGCCGGAACAAAGUGAUGAAAAUGGUCAUAGGAAGGGUUCUGAUGAUAAUUGUUUACAGGAGCAAGCAAUUCCAGUUGGUUUGAGAGCCGAGGAAGAUGUUGCAAUAUCAACCUGUGAAGAUUUGAUGUCUGUACCUGCAGAACAAUUUCAAAGUUCAUCAGCUGUGCCCUCUGUGGGACCUCCUGACAAUCAAGUUACAAGGUCUGAACAUCUUGAUAAUUUGAAGCUGUCCUCUGUUGAUGUUGUCGAUUUGCCGAAGAUUCAAAAUAGAUCAUCUAAUGAACCUUCUGUUCCAAAAGAAGCAAAAGUUGUUGAAGCACGCGAGGUUAAAAAAGCUUCUGAAAAGAAGUCAAAGAAACAGAAGUCCUUCAAGGCACAAUCCUCUGACCUGGCAAAGACGUCAUCUAAAACACAGCAGCCGAAGCAAUCUGUACCUGAAGUGAACAAAGUCAGUCAGGUCGAUUUUGAUAUGCAGAGUGUUAAGCAUGAAGCGAAUCCAGGAGAAGUCGGAGAAUGUAAAUCUGAUGUAGUCACGGUAGAUCCGAACAGUGUGUCCGGUGGUGAUAGCCAGAUUUCUGAGAAAAAGAAUGAGGCUGAACUGUCAGGAUCUAUCACACAACACCACACACAAGUAAUUACAGGUCAACGAGCUUGGAAGCCUGCUCCGGGAUUUAAGCCAAAGUCAUUGCUCGAAAUUCAGCAGGAAGAGCAGUGGAGAGCACACGCACAGGCACAAGCACAGGCAGAAAUGACUGUUUCUGAUAUUUCAACAUCUCUAGGCUCCAUAAAUAUAUCCACACCUUGGGCUGGUGUUGUUGGAAAUUCAGAUUACAAGGAAAAUAGUAUAGACCGUGUAAGUUCUGAGCCAACUGUUGCUGAGGGUUAUCUGUAUCAAAAGAACAAGAAGGGGCAGUUGCAUGAUCUUUUUGCUGGAGAAGUUAUGGGGAAACCUAGUGAAAGAGAGUCUGCAAGUUCUGACAGUAUCUCUCAUGUCCCAGCAUUACCUGUGACCGGUUCUCUAUCAGAUUCAAUAGAUGAUGGAAACUUUAUUGAGGCUAAAGAAACUAAAAGGAGUCGCAAAAAGUCUGCAAAAGCCAAGUCUUCAGGAGCCAAGGUUUCGGUCCCUGUUGCUGCUGCUGAAAUUCCAGUUAGCUCAAGUCCCAACGAGAAAGGCAAAAAUUCGCGCCAGACACUAGAGGAGAAGGAUUUGUUACCAGCUGUUCCAUCUGGUCCUUCGCUGGGAGAUUUUGUGGUCUGGAAAGGGGAGACUGCCGCUCCUUCACCUGCUCCAGCUUGGUCCACUGAUUCAGGAAAAUCUGCUACACGCACAUCUUUAAGGGACAUCCUGAAGGAGCAAGAGAAAAAGGUUUCUUCCGGCCAGCAUCAAACACCAGUGCCAACCCCUCAGAAAUCUGCAUCUGUUCAGUCAAACCGUGGAAAUGGUCCAUCAUGGUCGUCUUCCAUGUCAUCUCCUGCAAAGGCCGCAUCCCCUGUCCAGAUUAUAUCCCAUGGUGCCUCUCAAUCAAAAAACAAAGUAGACGAUGAUCUGUUCUGGGGUCCAGUUGAUCAUCCGAAGCAAGAACCAAAGCAGUCGGAUUUUCCUCAACUUGCAAACCAGGGUGGUUGGGCAAAGAAGAUCCCUGGAAAAGGAAUUUCUGGUGGGUCCUUGAGCCGAGAGAAGUCUAUGGGUGGCAGGUCUGCUGAAAUUUCCCUUUCCUCAUCUCCUGCAUCAAAGGGGAAAAGAGACGUGUUAACUAAACAUUCAGAGGCAAUGGACUUCAGAGAUUGGUGUGAGAGUGAGUGUGUCAGGCUUAUUGGAACAAAAGAUACAAGUUUCUUGGAAUUUUGUUUGAAGCAGUCAAGAUCAGAGGCAGAGAUACUGCUGAAGGAGAACCUCGGUUCUUAUGACCGUGACCAUGAGUUCAUUGACAAGUUCCUCAACUACAAAGACUUCAUGCCAUCUGAUGUGCUGGUGAUUGCGUUUCAAGGUGGGAAGGCUUCUGGAGACGCCUCAUACCGCGUCUAUGAUGGGGCCCGAGAUGCUGAGGUGGGCGGCAGCAAUGCAAAUGUGGGUGGAGGCGGCAAGAAGAAGGGGAAGAAAGGGAAGAAGGUUAGUCCUGCAGUUUUAGGUUUCAACGUUGUUAGCAACAGGAUCAUGAUGGGAGAGAUUCAGACCGUUGAGGACUAGGGGAUCGUUUUGCUAUUUUGUAGUUGUAAAUACUUUUAAAUCUCGAGAGAUAGAGAAGAUGACUGUAAAUGAUUAUUACUAUUACUAUCAAGUUUAGGGGGGAAACGGUUUUCGUUGUUCUUGUUCGGUUACAGGGCUGACAGCAGAAAAAAAGCUAAUGUAAUGUUGGUUUGCUCUA